AUGUGUGCCACCAUUGCCAGUCUCGAUGCAGCCGUCCUCAGUUUUGGACGUGCGGAGCGUUGUGGCACAGCGCCGGGGAAGCUGGCGCGCAGCUAUCAGCUUUUCGACCACCUCAUCCUAGCCACAGCCGUGUCUGCGACGGGGUGGGCAGAGCACCACCAGGGCGUUUCCGGUUUCAACGAGCUAGUGACCGCGGUGCAGAGGGAACUGCCUUCGCGCCGCUCGCUGAGGCUCUUACCGCCCUGA